CAUGCUUCCGUGUGACGUAGCGCGCUGAGGGCCUGCUGUUUGCUGGGAUAGCUGCGGGCUGAGUAAGGAUACUCGUCGGAGAGGAGAGUGCCCGUCAGCGGCUUGGUGAAGCAGGAAGAUGAGCCUGAAAUCAGAGCGCAGAGCAAUCCAUGUAGACCAGUCGGAACUUCUAUGUAAGAAAGGAUGUGGGUACUAUGGGAACCCUGCCUGGCAAGGAUUCUGCUCUAAAUGCUGGAGAGAGGAGUACCAGAAAGCUCGGCAGAAACAGAUCCAGGAAGACUGGGAGCUUGCAGAACGCCUGCAGCGGGAGGAACAGGAGGCCUUUGCCAGCAGUCAAGGAGCACAGGGAGGACAAUCUUCUCUCACCUUCUCUAAAUUUGAGGAAAAGAAAUCCAAUGAAAAGGCUAGAAAAGUAACCACCGUCAAAAAAUUCUUCAAAGCAUCAUCUAAAAGCCUACCAAAGAAAGCUGCCGAUGAAAAGCCUAGUAAAGUGGUGCAUGUGGGGACAGAGCGCAAUGCGGAUCUUCUCAGGGAUUUGAGGGGCUUCUUUGUCCCCCCCUGGGAACUGGCUUCCCAAGCUGAAGAUAUAAAGGAGGCAAAAGCUCCCAGUCCUUCCCUCACUCGUCAGAUAAGCAUAGAGACCGAUCGUGCAUCCAAAGAAUUUAAAGAGUUCUUAAAGCCCUACCAAAGAGCAGGGGAUGAUGUGUACAAGCAAUGCAUGAUAUUCCUGGAGACCAUGAAUCUAAAAAAGGAAUCAAACAUUGAAGAGCAAUCAGAGUUAACCCAGGACUUUUACCAAAACACUGCUGAUAAGUUGCAAAUGUAUUGGAAAGUGUCCCCAGAUAACGUUGAAAAAGCAAUGGACCAAAUUGAAAAGUUCCUCAUGACACGUUUAUACAAAUACGUGUUUUGUCCGGAAACCACAGAUGAUGAGAAAAAAGACCUUACAGUCCAAAAGAGAAUAAGGGCUUUACAUUGGGUGAGUCCCCAGAUGUUGUGCGUCCCUGUGAAUGAAGAUAUCCCAGAGGUUUCUGACAUGGUGGUAAAGGCAAUAACAGAUAUUAUUGAGAUGGACUCAAAGCGGAUUCCCCGUGACAAGCUCACCUGCAUCACUCGGUGCAGCAAACACAUCUUCAAUGCCAUUAAGAUAACUAAAGAUGAGCCAGCCUCUGCUGAUGACUUCUUGCCUACCCUCAUCUAUAUUGUCCUCAAGGCAAACCCACCUCGGCUGCAGUCCAACAUCCAGUACAUCACUAGAUUUUGCAAUCCAAGCAGGUUGAUGACUGGGGAGGAUGGCUAUUAUUUCACUAACCUGUGUUGUGCCAUGGCUUUUAUUGAGAAGCUGGAUGCCCAGUCUCUGAAUCUAAGUGAGGAAGAGUUCAACAGGUUCAUGUCCGGUCAGGUGUCUCCAAAAAAACAAGAAACUGAAGGCUGGCCUGAAGAUACAUGCCCGGGAGUAAAGCAGAUGCACAGAAACCUGGACCUGCUUUCACAGCUUUCCGAGAGACAAGAACGUAUUGUGAAUGGGGCCAGGAAGUUAGAGAAGGACCUCAUUGAUUGGACUGAUGAAGUGACUCGGGAGGUCCAGGACAUUGUAGAAAAAUACCCAUUGGACAUAAAAACUAGCCAGCCUCUAGCCUCCAUAGAUUCAGAAAAUGUAGAGGAUGAUAGGCUCCCCCCUCCUCUGCAACCACAAGUUUAUGCAGGAUAAGAUGCUAUACUCAUGAGAGGUACACACUUAACCACUCCUAUAACUGUACAGCUGAAAGACAUACCUUAUGGGGUGAAUUCAGUCUAACUGUAAACCCCAAUUAGGUCAAAUGUCUGUUUAAAUGCAAUUUUUAAUGGUACAAAACUUUUAGUCCAUGCAGUUUGCUAAGUGUAACUAUUUAUUAACACAGGCCAGAUAGGACAAUUUGGUAGUGGUCAUAUAUUUUUAAUAAUUUUUCUCAUAGGAAAAAGCAUAUGCAGAUACUUUUUUUUUUGUCUUAUUUUAGCAUUGGAGAUGUUCAUAUACAGUCUUUAGUCUUCCUACCCUCCACUGGGGUAUUUGGCAUUAUUACCAUUUAACUAUAUACAUAGUUUCACAUCUACCUUUAAUAAUGCACUCAGGAAUAGGUAAUUACUAUCAAAGGGGGUGAUCAUCUAGAAAUUGGGAUUAUUUGUUAAAAAGUGAUUAUUUUUUUGACCAUAAACCAAUGACAUAGACCUGCUAAUUGGAACUCUUACAGUUGUUGCUGAGGGCCACCUUUCAGGCUUUGUGUGAGAAUUCCUUUUUAUAUACAACCUUUUAUGAGUCACCUGGCACGUUCAUCAUAUAGUAUUAUCGUAUGGUCUGACAAUGUAUUAAACCCCCAUCCUUAAUGGCAGAAUCUUU